AUGGUGUCGCAUCGAAGGGGUUACUCUGCUGUCAAAGGAUCGAGUCAUCGUGAUGCCGAUGAGGAAGCCCUUCAGAUCGCACUUCGUGAGUCAAUUAAACCUGAUUAUCUGGCUGAAAUUCUGCGCUCUGAAGCCAAGCAGCGCCUCCUCGAUGUAGCGCGGACUUCAGUUCCUCAAGUAAAUCACAAAGCGAUUUCAAAUGAACAGUUAAUGGAGAUUCAUGAGCAAGAGGACAGCGGAGAUGAAGAUGACACGGACACGAGGUCGAAUGCUCGAGUUGUUAAAGGUUCAGUAACAACUGACGGUCUUCAGAAAGCUGAAGACGAAAAAACACAAGUGGAUCCUAAUGCAAAUCACACGCUCUUAAACUUUCCCGACACUCUGCUCAUCAAUAUACUUCAAUGGCUCGACGAAGAUACUAUCGGUUCUUGUACUUGUACUUGUAAACGACUAUUACCGAUGGCCCGCUCCGAAGUGCUUUUUGAGUCAAUCUGUCGACGUGUCUUUCCGACGCAAAAUCCACGAGUGGCUAUCGCUAUCACCCGCAAUAAAUUUGGAUUACGGCGGUUUCCAACAUGGUUUGCCAUGUUCCACGAUAGACCUCGAGUACGCUACAAUGGGUUUUAUUGGCUUAAAGUGACGUAUUACAAAAAGCCAGAACUCAGUAUGUGGACGGAUAUUGUCCCGGGAACGAUUUUAAAGUGUAUUUAUUACCGUUACUUUGCGUUUCAGCGCGAUGGCACAGUGCUAUAUGGUAUGCUAUUUAAGGCUCCGCAUGAAGUGGAGACACACAUGCGCGACAGACGCAAAGGCUCCAAAUCACGCAGCUAG